AUGACAUUCCCUCGGUUUCUGAUGCUGGUCGUCUUCACAUUGGCUACUACAAUGGACUCGACAUUGGCUUUAAAGGUAUCUUUGUUUGACGACAACGACAAAGAAUCAUUAGCAUCAUCAUCAUCAUCAUUCAACUUGACCAGCGCAGGCGGUACAUCGGCUAUGGAUGGGAUUGCGUCAUCUUCUCCCACAAAUGAGACACCUACUGCUUCACCAUCGUCAAACAACAACAAUGGAAGUGAUAAUGGUGGUAAUGAAAUCGGUUGCUGGACGUUUGCACCCUCAAGAAGUACAACCUACUACGGCAACAACAACAACAACAACAACAAGGGUGGUUGGACACUGCCUGAUGCAGAGCAAGAAGACGAUGCGCUUUGGUAUGUACUCAAAAUUUCUCUCUCCGUACUUGGGACCGCUGGCCUAUGUCUUUUGGCGUAUGUCGUUCAUCGGAAUCGACAGUUUCGGUUACAGGUAGAGGCAACCCGUCGAGCAGUGGCGGAACAACGACGAAGGCGACGACGACGAAUCGAGCUGAGGAACCACCUGGGAGAUGCUUAUUAUGGCGAAGAGGACGAAGAUGACGGUGAUCAUAAUAAUAACAAUCAUGAUGAAGAUAUUCAUAUCGACAUGGACAUGCCCUACACGUCAUCAAGAUCCGAAGAGAUCAUCAAGCGAUUUUAUUUUCAAACGGUGCUUUCUUCUGAUAAAGACGAUGACAAAAGGAAAGAGGAGGACGAUGAUUCCAGUCAUGACGAGGAGAAUCCUUCCCCACAAAAUGGCGAGGAUGAGCAUUUUACUGCAUCAAAAAGUGCAGAUUCGGAUGACGACACCGCCGCUACUGGUACGGAGGAGUCGAAGAAUGGAAGUACACGUACGUGUUCGACGACGAGCCAAGAAGAAGAAAAGGGUGAUUGGUUCUUUCAGUCGUAUUGGUGGAAUAACAAUGAAACGUCGCCAACCAAUCAGGAAUGCUGUAUUUGCUUGGAGGGGUAUGCCCCAAGGGAAACCAUUUGUGUGCCCAUUACGACCAAAUGCAAUCAUGUCUUUCAUGAGGAUUGUGUGGUAGCCUGGUUGCAAAGGAGUAAUGCGUGUCCACUGUGUCGAGUUGAUUUGAUGAAAGCAGAGGAACAACCACAACAGCAGCACCAGCAAGAACAAUCGUGA